GCAGCGACUCCAGCGCCACCCCCGGCGGCGCCGACGCUUCCUCCUCCUCCUCCUCCCUGAUGCGCGCGUCGUCAGUCCACAGCACCAACUCUUCCUCCCACGCCGUGGCGUCGUCCUCUUCCUCCUCCUCCCGCCACGGGGGCGCGCCGUCCCCGCUCCCGCGCUCCGCUCGCAGCAGCCGGGAAGCCUCCCUCGUUUUCCCCGGCGGCAUUCUUUCGGCCCCCGCAAGAAAAGAAGAACAGCCGGCGGCGGCGGCGGCGGCGGGGGGGGGCGGCGAAGAAGAAGAGGAGGAGGAGGAGACUCCGGUGGCGAAGCUAGCGGCGGCGGACGGGCCCGUGAAGGUGAUGUUGCAAGGCUUCGCGCUGCAGGCCGACGACGACAAGCUCGUGGUGUGCGAGUCUAAGGCUCUGGCCCACCUGUUCACGAGGAUCCGGAACCGAGACACGCCGCCGCCGGUGUUCCGGUUCUACGCGACCAGGAUGAUGCGGAUUCUGGCGGAGGAGGGUAUCGCGUGCCUCGAGUCUAGCCGGCAGUUCAUCACCACCCCGACGGCAGCAACGUUCUCCAGCCCGUUCGUCAACGAGAGCAACGUGUGCAUCGUGUCCAUCCUAAGGGCAGGCGACGCGCUAGCGGAGGCUGCCCGGGCUUGCAUUCCGACAGCCCCAGUCGGGAAGAUACUGAUCCAGCGCGACGAGGAGUCGAGUGACAAACACCCGGUGCUGUUCUACAAGAAGCUGCCCUCCAAGAUAGGGAAGAUGCAGGUGUUGCUCUGCGACCCCAUGCUCGCGACGGGCGGCAGCGCUUUGAUGGCGAUCCGGUGUCUCGUGGAAGCCGGGGUUAAGGAGGCGGCCAUCGUUUUCAUCACGGUCGUGGUUUGUCCCGAGGGGAUCGGGGCCGUGCGGGCGGAGUUCCCGGAGGUGACGAUAGUGACGGGUGCCAUGGACGACUGCCUCGACGAGAAGCGGUACAUCCUCCCUGGCCUGGGCGACUUCGGCGACAGAUUAUCUUGUUUGGUCCCCGACAUGGAGUCGUUGAUAAAGAGGAGGGUGUUGGGGCGGCGGGGCAUUGAUGAUGGAUGUUUUGGUGCGUUGGUUGCUUCCAACCGUGCAAGAGACCACCACCAUGCGGUGUAA